UGUGACAAUAACAUCUUAUGGUGCGCUUCUCUGUGGGUAGUUAAACCGAAAUUAUUUCCAUCGGAUCGUCGAAGAACAAUUGUUAUUUGCAAUUCAUAAUCGAACAAAACGUUCUGUUUUAGUGAAGAAAGACAAACUUCCAACAAAGGUUCAACUGCAAGUGUGAAAAAAUGUUUUCGAAAUUUCUGGUGGUAAUUUGUCUCAUUUUGAUAAAUGGCUGCCGAAGUGAAGAGGUUGCAACCUACACAGGAGCAGUGGUCGAAAUAAAUCCAGUGUGCGAUGGAAAUACAACUGAGGGUGUAGCUAAGCUUACAAAACAGGCCAUUGACAUCAUUGAAUCGAGUGAAUUGGAUGGAGUCGAUAUUGUAGUUUUGCCGGAAAUACUUUUCAAUGAUAAAAAUACUGCUGUGCUACUACCGAAUACAAACCUUUCGUACUGCGAUGAUCCGACCGUUGAUGAGGUGCUCCGAAGUGUCUCUUGUGCGGUUCGAAAAGCAAAAAAAUAUGUGGUAAUCGGCUUGUAUGUCAAAGUGAAAUGUUCAAUGGACGAUCAAUCGUUUUGCGCUUACGAAUCCGAUUCCACGAACCUCUACAACAUGGCCAUUGUCUUUGACCGCAACGGUGAUGUGGUUGCAAAGUAUAGAAAGUAUAAUUUAUUCAACGGACGCGGAGUGCAACACACGCAAACGCCCGAUAUGACAACAUUUAGAACCGAUUUCAAUGUAACAUUUGGUGUGUGCGUUUGCUUUGAUCUAAUGUUUGACAAACCAGCCAACAGUUUAGUCGAUCAAGGAGUCAAACACUUUGUUUUUCCGACAAAGUGGUUCUCGGAAAUUCCGUAUUUGACAGCCGUCCAAUAUCAGCAAAGUUGGGCGUAUGCGAACAAUGUAAAUUUACUGGCAGCAAAUGUGAAUGCACCCAGCAUGAUGUAUUCGGGCAGUGGAAUCUACGGUGGACGAUCGGGUGCGUUGCAAAUAAUUGUCAGCGAAUCACCAGCAACUAAAAUUCUUGUAGCAAAGAUUCCCAUUGAUCCAGCUGAAGGAAACCGUCUCGAGGCACAGUCAAAUUCAAAUCCAAACACCGACUCGAAUGAAAGUAGUGAAAUGAUACUCUUCCAAGAUGAUCUAACUGAGUACAGCGUUACGUUUUUGGACUUCUCCGAAAAUCUCAAACAAAGCGGAAAAGUGUGCAACAAAGCCAUUUGCUGUGAUUACAACAUCGAAGUAAGCGACAAUGGCGAAUUGGAUGGAAAGUCAACAUAUUCCUAUGCGAUAUCGGUAUUCAGUGGACAUCGUCACUAUAAAGCCGUCAAAAAUGUGCUCACCGGCCAAGAAGUGUGCAGUUUGAUCGCUUGUCCUGAGAUGAACAUGAAGAAAUCUUGUGGAACUCGAAUAUCACCGUCACGAGUGCACAAUCGAUACAAUUUCACAAAAUUGUUGCUGAAAACGGUGCUUCCAGUCACUCGCAUGAAAGUCAUGCCAAACACAUUGAGCGCAGACCUGCUAUCACUCAAGCCAAAUGAAUUUGAUUUCAAAAUAUCCGAAGAUAAAAAAGAUCAUCAUGUUUGGGUCGAGCUUAAUUUGAAUGUACCAAAGUCAAAUCUGCUGACAUUUGCCAUUUUCUCACGAGAUUAUGCCAAGGAUAUUAUUACAAAUGGCGCAGAAUCUACCAAGAUGACACCUAUAAUCACAUUAUGCGUUUUGUUAAGCAUUAUUUGGAUGAGAUAUAACCAUAACGUCAAUCAUUAAUAAAACUAUUUUGAUAUUAUUUUUUUAUGAAUUUUUUUUUUUGGAAUAAAAUAAUCUAGAUUCAUUUGAAUUGUUCA